AUGGCGGAAGAAGAGGGUGAUGCUUUUUAUGUGGUUCGGAAGGGGGAUAUCAUUGGAGUAUAUAAAAACUUAAGGGAUUGCCAAAACCAAGCCGGUUCUUCGGUAUGCAAUCCUUCUAUAAGUGUGUUCAAAGGCCACGGUUUGCCUAGGGAGGCUGAGGAGUACCUUGUCUCGCAUGGGCUUAAGAAUGCUUCUUAUACUAUCUGUGCCAAUGAUGUGAAAGAUGAUCUUUUUGGAAUACUUGCUGCUUGCCCUUACCAGCAGCCCGAUUCUUCUAUAGUAGAAUCAGCUGUCAACGACUCAGCACCAAAUAGAUUUCAGGAGAUGGCUGGGUCUACUUCAUUCCCAACCUCUCAGACUCAGAGAAGGCAUUUCAAAUCCGAUGAUCAUAUUGAAACUCUAUCUGUUUCUUAUAGUGGUCCAGAUUCUUCUACGGUAGAAUCAGCUGUCAAGGACUACUCGCCACCAAAGAGAUUGCAGGAUAUGGUUGGGACUACUUCAUUCCCAACCUCACAGAGAAAGCAUUUCAAAUCUGAUAAUCCUAUUGAAACUCUAGCAGUUCCUUCUAGUGGCCAUUCCUGUGUACUUGAGUUCGAUGGUGCUUCAAAAGGAAAUCCUGGACAAUCUGGUGCAGGAGCUGUGCUACGAGCUGAAGAUGGAAGCGCUGUCUACCGGUUACGUGAAGGGGUGGGCAUUGCAACAAAUAAUGUUGCUGAAUAUCGAGCUGUAAUUUUGGGAUUGAAAUAUGCUCUUGAAAAAGGAUAUAAACACAUUCGUGUUAAAGGAGACUCUAAACUUGUCUGCAUGCAGAUUCAGGGUCUCUGGAAAACAAAAAAUGAGAAUAUGGCUCAGCUGUGCCAAGUGGCCAGGGAGCUCAAGGAAAAGUUUAUGUCAUUUGAUAUCAAUCAUGUUCUUAGGGAUUACAAUUCUGACGCUGAUGUUCAAGCAAACCGAGCAAUAAAUCUUCAAGAUGGACAAGUUGAAGUGGAUUGGAACGGGAAGUAA